CUGCAGUCGGCACCAGGUACUAAAGCUCUUGACAAGCAAGAGAUUUUUAUGACUAUGACAAUUAUCGUUGCAGUGAGCGAUACAUAGAUCACUCAGCUGUGGGUAAAACCAAAUUGGAUUUGAUUGCAGGUGGCAGCAAUGACCUCUUCCUUUUGCUGACACCAGCAAAUACCGCACAAUGGGUGAUAUGAAUAAAGACUAGCAAAUGCUUUUACUUCAAUUUUGUACAGAAAGACCUAGUGUAAAUGUACAUGGAGUUUUAGAUAAAAGCAUUUGCUAGUCUUUAUUCAUAUCACCCAAUGAGACAAUGUUUAUUACAGGUUGCUGCCAAAAAAUCCCUAGUUUGUCAAGUGGGGAGCUUUACUAACUGGCUAACUGCUUCUAAUGCUUGGUCUUGAACCUAACGUCAUGGUUGCUAAUACUAUAACAUGCUAUAAAAUAGAACUAGUAGCUCACAAAAAUUGUUGCAGUUUGUACAAAUUUGGAGUACUAUCUUGAUUCAUGAAUGCUGCAGGCUGCAUGCAGGAGUAGCAUGACACAAGAAGAUGUUCUGAUCCGAGUCGUCGAGUUGUGCAGAAGUAGUGGUCGAUGCCAGGGCAUCACAUCAAGAAAACAAGUCGCAUAGAAUCGGAUGUUUUGUAUGGUGUGGAAGACUGGGAGUAUCCUCUAGAGGGUGGACGAAAGCUCAGGAAAAGCUCCUCUGGGACAAGAGGGAGGGUCUGUGAUGAACAAUCUGCUAGGCGUAAGACUCAAACCAUAACUUUCAGACCGGAAACAUCUACUACUGAGAAUAUUCCCACAAUAUGUCCGAUACAUUCUAGCAGCCCAUCCUGCAACGUGAUGUCGGAUUCUGGGAAUGACUCAAUUGAAAUGGCUGGGCCUGGUGAGCCAGCCACCUCAGACUCGGGUGACUUUGAUAUGUCUCCUGGUUCUGAACCUGAAAACCAGGUGGCAGUGAUUUCAAACGAACAGGCAGUGAUCGGUACAUUUCAAGUUCAUCCGCCACCUGAUAUGCUUGAUAGUCCUGCGAGAGAAAGCAUACCACCAGCAGAGCUGGGUGCUUGGGGUGCACUCCACAAUCUGAGUGAUGAAGCAAUGUCUAUUCUGGAAAGCUGUGGCGACAGUUCUCUUGAGGACGUGAAAACCUUGCUUCUGGAUCAUCUAUCGAAAUUAGACUUGCCACGGGAUUUGACUGAUGAGUUGUUGGCCGCCGUGAAAUGUCUUCAUGAGACUUGCCCACAUGAGGGAGUCACACAGCGUUGCCAAGCGGGAGAGGAAAGUGCUGGGGUUCCUUUCCUUGAUCAAGGUUUAGAACCUGGGGAAGGUGAUUCUCGUUCAGAGGAUGGAUCGGAACCCGAUAUGAUCGACACCUGGGGUAAAUUACAUAAAUUAGACGAUGAAGUGUUGAUGCUUUUGAAACGGUUGGGUUUCUUUACCCUUGACAGGGUGUCAGACUUGACAGAGAAUGAUCUGGAGGACAUGGGCGUGACAAAUGACCAGGUCAAGAUCGUAUUGGAUGCUAUUCAGUGCCUUCAUAUAAAUGGUCCCUGCCCUCAUGUCGAGUCACAGACCUCUGGGGUGGAGAUUGCCACUGAAUGGGAUGCUAGGUUUGGAAUAAAUGUGGCUGUAGGUUUGAAUGCAGCGGAUGGGGAUGUCUCAGCAGAGCAGGACUUUGAAGGUGACAUUGAGAGACCAUUGGAAGGUCAAAUUGAUGCCUGGGCAACUCAUCACAAUCUGGACAAGAAUUUGUUGAUGGUGCUCCAAAGGUUAGGUUAUGCUGACUUGGAAAGUGUUGUUAAGAUUACCCAGGGGGACCUGGAUAGGUUAGGCAUACCUGAGGAGAAAUGUGAGAGCCUAUUGGAAGCGGUUGGCUGUCAUCUACAGGAGGGACCGUGCCCUCAUGUCACUGCCUCGGUGCUUACGCAAGCCACUGACUUGGAUGAAGAGGCAAGAAAAGGAAGGCCAAAGUCUCGAUAUGGAAAAGGACAGACGCAGACAAAUCAGGCGUUCGUGGACGAGAAACAACCAGGUGCUCCUGAUGAGGAUAAUAUCAUAACGUUUACAGAAGAAGGAGACGCGACUAUUUUGAGGCGAUCGCAGCGAUGGCCUGGAUUGACUUCUGAGCAGAGGAAGGAGUUGGAAGAAAGUUCAAAGACCACGGUCGAGGAAUACGCGCAGGCGCAGAUACUGGAGGUGCUUCAUGGUUUAGCUAAUAAACCUGGACAGCUCCACAUGGCACCUGAACCCACCUCAGAGGAAGGUCAAGAACCGGUACAAGAGGCAGUAGAACAGGACCCACUGGUGCAGAGGGUAUCACAAAUGUUAGACCAAUCAGAAUUGUCUUUAAAAGCAGACUCGCCAAAUCCAUCUGCUUCUGAUGAAAAUCUGCCACGUCCUCAAUCAGCCCUGAACAUGAAUCCUCUACUUCUGCACAAUUUCUCGGCCAUCAAGGAGACUAGUACCCCGGAACCAGAGAAUCCACCAGUACUGCCAUCUACCUCUUCACCUCUGCAGACCUCGAAAGUGGAGGAAGGCCGGGGCAGAAGUCGAGGGGAAACCCCGCCCGAUUCCAGGAUGACGGAUGUCGACAACUCUGAGGAGGAUUUCGAUACCGGUCAACAGGAUAUGAAUAUGAUGGGCGCCAUGGCCCCUCCUGGUCAAGGCCUGCCGCGGCCUGUGGGACAGAUUGGAGGUCUUGAGCGAGGAGGCACUGGAGCCGGAGUGAUGCCCCUCGAGUCUAAGCCGCAGAAACCACAGCAGUUCAUGGAUGAUGAUGACGAUGAUGAUGAGGAUGGGAGCGAUACGGAUGAUGAUGAUGAUGAUGACGAUGAAGACGAUGAUGAUGAUGAUCCUGGGGUAGCGUUAGAAGGAGCAUAUGACCCAGCUGACUACGAUCACCUGCCAGUUGUACCCGAGAUUAAAGAGUUGUUCCAGUAUAUUACAAGAUACACACCCCAGGCCAUAGAACUCGAACACAAGUUGAAGCCGUUCAUACCAGAUUUCAUCCCGGCAGUGGGCGACAUCGACGCCUUCAUCAAAAUUACCCGUCCCGAUAACAAACCAGAUGAUAUCGGUUUGAAAGUCCUUGAUGAGCCGUGUGCAAAGCAAUCUGAUCCUACCGUCCUUGACCUUCAUUUGCGGUCAAUAUCAAAACAGACGAAUCUCAAAGCUGUGUCCAUCAAAAGUGUUGAGAAUGCCGAGAAAAAUCCUAAAGCCAUCGACAGCUGGAUUGAGAGUAUAACAGAGUUACAUCGCUCCAAACCACCUCCCAAUGUACAUUACACAAAAAAUAUGCCCGAUAUAGAAACGCUUAUGCAGGAAUGGCCUCCAGAGUUUGAGGACCUCCUCAAGGAGGUUGGACUGCCAACAGCAGAGGUAGACUGUGACUUGGGCACCUAUGUAGAUAUGAUCUGUGCCAUCUUAGAUAUUCCUGUUAACAAGAGUAAGAUCCAAUCGCUGCAUGUCUUAUUUACCUUGUACUCAGAGUUUAAGAAUUCACAGCAUUUCAAAUCACUCGCCGAGAGCAAUCAACUAGACAACGUGAUGGGGCAGAAUGAUUUUAUGGGGGGAGGAGGUGAAGGAGAGGAUCGCUUGAUACUCUAACUGACACUUUUCCGUGAAACUUGACAUCUUCAAUCUUUACCUGGAUAACAAUUGAAAGAAUCAUUGUUAGACACGUUUUGCUCGUCCUGAGCUGGUAGCACACAUACUCAGAUGUUGUUGUGGUCAUUUCAACACCUUCCCGCGAUACUUUGUGACGGCAUGGCCUUAAAUACCAUGCUAGCCAGUUGGCGUUGACUAGCUCAUUGAGAUGAUCUCACUGACAUUACAUGCAUUAUGAGUCUUCGUGCUGCCGGCACUACCAUGUUUACUUGGCCAUAGAAAUUCAUCUGAGUUUGUCAAAUAAAUACACUACAACAACGAUCAGUUGAGAUUUUAAAUAAGGUUUAGUGACUUCCUGUCAGAAUAUAAGACACACAUUUUGAAUUUAUAAAUUUCUAGACCUCAUUGUAUAGUUUUCUGUUUGAGAAAAAUAAAAUUAAUUAUUUUGCU